ACUCGGGUCCCGCCCGGGGCGUGUCCCGGUGCUCGCCGGGAGGGCUGUGGAUGAGAAAAUAGAGGCACACAGAGAUCCAGUACCUUCUUCGAAGUUACAGAGCUUCAUUCACAGAAGCUUAUGAAGAGAGACAAGCAGUACUAGCAAUGACGUUUUAAGCUUGGAACCACAUUUUUCAAAAGAGUUGCUUGCUAUUGGCCAGAUGUAGACAUCAUUAGACCUAUUUCGACCUUUGCCUUUGACCAAAAAGAAAGCCAGGAAGAGGUAGAAGGGAAAAGCAAGUAUUUAUCUCACUAUAAGAUCUGCAUCUCACUUAAGGAUUCUUCCUUCUUUCUGAACAUUUGUAUCAUCUGAACACAUCUGUUUCUUCUAGUAGAACUUCCCUUCCUAGGCAGCUGGGUAUGUCUCCCAGAAUUUGGAAUCUAAAAUUAAACUCCAAGAACCAUAUUGCAUUGAACCAAACAAUCAAGUCUAACAUCUCAGACAGAAGACCAAGAAGGAGACAUGAAAGCAGAUUAAUUAUUUCCCCCUGGCUUUUACGUAACUACAAACAGAGCUAUGACCAAAAUCCAAAUAAUUUGGGAAUCCCCACAUGGGAACUGGACAUGAUCAUCCAGUUGGAUGGAGAAUAAUGAUAGAAACUGAAUCCUCAUGGCGCUGAAGAGGGGAGUGACCUGUCUAGGUAGGGAGAUUUGAACUGAACCAAAGCAUCACAUGAAUCAGGCUGUUUGUGAAGGACUUGUGUUUCCAGAGUCAGCAAUGGAAAGUCUCAGAGGAAAUACUGCCCAGUCUCCUACGAAUGAAGAAACUUACACAAAUGAGAGCCAGUUAUCAAGGCAGAUAAAAAUUCCCAUACAGAAGAAAUCUUCUUUUGAGAAAACAGCAAUCAGAAAAGUAUCAGUGACACUCAAGGAGAUUUUCACUGGGGAAAGAGGCCCUGAAUCCAGUGAAUUUAAUCUAAGUUCAAAACUUAAUACACUGCAGGAAAUUCCAAUGGGAGCUACAGCCCCCAAAUCUAGAAAAAGCUCCAAAGAUAAUUCAGACUUAAUCAAACACCAAAAAUGCUUUCCACAAAAGAAACCUUGUAAAUGCAAUGAAUGUGGGAAAACCUUCAGAAUUCAUGGUGGAGAAAAGCCUUUUGAAUGCAAUGAAUGUGGGAAAACAUUUGUCCGAAGUACACACCUUAUUGAACAUCAAAGAAUUCACACUGGAGAGAAACCUUAUGAAUGCAGUGAGUGUGGAAAAGCUUUUAGCCGGAGCACACACCUUAGUCUACAUCAGAGGAUUCACACUGGAGAAAAACCAUAUGAAUGUAGUGAGUGUGGAAAAGCAUUUAGCCGAAGCACUAACCUUAGUCAACAUCAGCGAACUCACACUCAAGAAAAACCUUACAAAUGCAACGAAUGUGGGAAAGCCUUCAGCGACCGUUCAACCAUAAUUCAGCACCAACGAAUACACACAGGAGAGAAUCCCUACGAAUGCAGUGAAUGUGGAAAAACUUUCAGUUGGAUCUCGUCUCUCAUUGAACAUCAGAGAACGCACACUGGGGACCACCCUUAUGAAUGCAGUGACUGUGGGAAAGUGUUCAGUCGAAGCUCAUCCCUGGUUGAACAUCAGAGAAUCCACACUGGAGAAAAGCCCCACGAGUGCAGAGAGUGCGGGAAAGGCUUCAGUAGGAGCUCAUCCCUUGUUAUUCACCAGAGAACUCACACGGGGGAGAAGCCUUACAAAUGUAAUGACUGUGGAAAAGCCUUCAGUCAGAGUUCAACCCUCAUCAGACAUCAGCAACUUCACACUAAAGAGUGAGGUCCAAGUUUUGACUAGUGUAAAAAACAGGGCAUAGCUGAAAAGAAAAAUACAUACUUGUUUGGAUUUUCCUUCCCUACUAGCUACAAGCCAGUUUCAAGCUAACCUUCCUACUUUCCUUCUUCUUUUUUCUGUGAUCUAAAUGAUCAAAUAAGUGGUCGAUACAAGGGAAGGAUGGAUCCAGUCUAAUACUCUGGAGGGCUUCAACCUUAGAGUGUAUAACUACCUGACACCUUGUAGCUCCUCAUUUUCUCUCUUCUAUGGGACUUGUGUCCCUGAACAACCAGUAAGCCCAGUUUCCCAACCACCUCAGCCCCUUCCCUUAAAAGGAAAUCCUCUUUAAAGUAUGUGUGUGUGUGCUUUCUUAUUUGAUGGCUCCUGUAAAGAAAAGAAGCAGCUAGUUUCAGAAUAAGACUGAAAACUUUCCACCCUUUGGGGAUAAUAAUGUUGAGGUAAAUUCAGUCUCUACACUUAUACAGGUUUUUCUCUUCCUUUCUCCAACUUUAACCAUAGCUCUAUUACAAUGCCUAACUAAUCCUGGUUUAUUUGAUCUCAUCCUUUUUAUCAAUAUCCUAAAACGCUUUCAUGUCUUCAUUAUAUUGGGGAAAAAUGCUGCCUUAUUUUUUUAAUUUUUUCUUUUGUUUACAGACAUUAUUAAACUUACACACUCUGGCUCUUACUCUCACCAAUAUAAAACUGAUUUCUCCAGGACAAACUAGGUGCCUAUUUCUCAGUCCUUUUCCUACUUGACAUUUGCAGAAUUGGCAUGUUUGGCCACUCUGAUGCCUUAAAAUUUAAGCUUCUGGGAUCCAUGAUUUGGUGCUGAUCCUUUUCCUACCUCCCAGCACUCUUCUGGUUAACAAUGAUCAGUGUUGUGACUGUGGGUGAAAAUUGGACCAGAAUAAUCUCAUUUUAUUUGGUUGUAAUUCUUGAGGUUAUUUGAUUGUAAAACUUCUCGAAAACAGAAAUCUUGUUUUAGAUGCUGAGUAGUCACUAAAUGUCCUGCAAUUCUUGCUUACUGAUUUCUCUAGCUGCUGUAAUAAAUCUGCUAGACUUCAUAUGAAAUGGCUUAAUCAUUGAUUUCUUUGUUCUCUAUUCUUACUGCUGCAGACAAGUCCUCAAUAGUUCUGACCUAAAUGAUCGUUGCUGCCUUUGUCUUUCUGUCUGUCUAGGUGCUUGAUUAAACUACCACUUUGUUUAAAAAGAUCAGCUUCUCAUAAUCCCCAGGAAAUGCCUCAAACUGUGUUCAGUGUCUUCCACAGUUGGAUACAGUUGACCCUUGAAAAAAAUGGGUAGGGACACUGACCCCCAUGCAAUUAAAAAUUCAUGUAUAAUUUUUGUCUCCCCCAAAACUUAACUACUAAUAGUCUGCUGCUGACCGGAAGCCUUACCAACAACAUAAUCAGUUAACACAUAUUUGGUAUGUUACAUGUAUUAUGUACUGUGUUCUUAAAAUAAAGUAAGCUAGAGAAAAGGUGUUAAGAAAAUCAUAAGGAAAAUAAAAUACAUUUAGAGUGCUAUCCUGUAUUUAUGAAUAUCAUGUUUAUGUCUUCUGUUAUAAGAAAUUGUGAUAUAAGUGGCUCACACAGUUCAAACUCAUUGCUCAGGAAUCAACUGCAUUUACUUGCUUUUCAUUAUUCCUCAAUGCAUGUGAGUAGGCCUAGUCUUUUUUCCUUAUACCAUCCUUCUCAUGCUUGGCUGCUUCUCAAACUAUUCCAUGGCAACCCUUUCACACAGCCUUUCUUCCUUGCAACUCCAGAAAUCCUAUCCAUUUCUAAAAGGCUCUACUCAAGUCCUGCCUCUUCUGUGAUACCUGUCCCAUCUUUGUAGGAGUCCUUUGCAGUGAUGGUUUGUAUUAUUCUCCCAUAUUACAUACCAUCUUAUAGUUCCCUGUUUCCUUCAGGUGCUUUUUUGCAUAAACUGCUUUGAAGUCAGUUGUCUUAAAUCUCUUAGGAGCCCAAUCUAAUACAUAGUACAGUACAGUCCUGGACUCUAGUUGUAACCUAAACGAGGAGUGAUUAAUAAUGUAAUCUCUUGUCUUUUGAAUGGUGACAUAACCUCGUCCAAUUAUCACCCUCUCUGUCCUACCCUUAGUUAUAUACAUUAGAACUUCAGGGAUGCAGGCCCCCUGGUUUUCCACUUCAUGAGACUAUUGUAAAGAAUAAGUGAUUGUAUUCAUGUUAGGUGAUGAAAACAGUGCCUGAUAUAUAGAAAGUGCCCAAUAAAUGCUAAUUUUUCUGGUGCUACUGCUUCACAGCUACCUGUAGCCUUUGAUUUCAUUCCCUGUAUGGUCUAUACUUCAUUACCAGGUCACAAUCAAGUAAGUUAGAAAAUAUUUCUUCUAACUGCAGUAAUAAGCAAUAGCCAUCAAAACAUAAACAGAUCAGCAUUAGAGAACAGAGAAAGUGCCUAGAAGAUCAAGAUCAGGACAAGUUAUAGUAUAGUUAUUCUGACAACUAAAGAGAGACAGUCAUUUGCUUACAUUGUACUUGGAAGGAAACAAUGU